UUUGACCCACAGCUAUUCAAUCAGCAUGCUUCGAGUUCUCUUCGUUCCUGUUGCAUUAGCACUCGUCGCACCAGUGUCAGCAGUGAAGCAGUAUUGGUGCCAGGUUGUCUGUUCUGACUUCGAAUAUGUGGAAUUCUAUUGCAAUAGAGACUGCGCUGACAAAGAGGAGACGUUCGAAGCUCUCGAAAACUGUCUUAUGGACUGUGAGGUGAAAACGUCUACUUGCAAGGACGUUUGUCACGAAAACUACGACAGGAUCUCUCUCAUCUGUGCCAAAAGAUGUGGUACAGACGACGAAUGCCUUCACAAGUGUGCGGCGUCCGAGUUCAAACCUAUCAAGCCACCCUUGCCUACUUCGAUAGCUCCACCAAUUGGAGAUCUCGUAUAGAGGGAUCUGACC